AUUUGAUAAAUUAUGCUUAAAGAUUAGAGGUGGUGUUUAAUUAUACUACCCUUUUAAAAAUUUUAUAACUAUUCUCAUCUUUUAAUAGUGACCCCAAAAUACCCCUCUCCUCUAACCCAAAAAAUUUGCCUCUUCUCCCUCUCAUCUUCAUUCACGCACUCUCUCUCUCCUCUUCACGAUCUCUCUCUCUCUCUUUCACUCUCUCUCACUCUUCACGCACUCUCUCUCUCUCUUCACACACACUCCCUUUUUGUCACUGCCGCCGAUCGACCCUCUCCCGGCCGACUGCCACCUCCACCAUUUUCACCCUCAACCUCCACCUCACUCAACAAAGCAAUGGAUUCAUCUGUAUUUGUGCCUGUACUGUAUGAUGGCGUUUGGACUUUGGAGGGUUUGAACUGGGUAUUUGAUUCCUCAAAAAGUAGGACAUUGAUAUUGGACAUUGACUGUACACUGAAAAAGUUGCAUGAAGUUUUGCAUGAGGAGUUGGAGGUGGACCCCUUGGUGUUUGAAUUGAAGUUAGAAGUUCUUUACAUGUACAUGAAAGGCACUAAGUUUCCACCUGAGGUUUUAGUGAAAGAUAGUCAACUACGAGUGUUCUUGAGCAUGAAGGCAAAAAUGAGUGUGGACAACUUGUUGCCACUAUUUGUGACUAAGGUGAAGAAGAAUGUGAAUUUGGAGCCUACUUCCCGGAAUGUAACCCCUAGAAAUGAGUUCGAUGCUCCCUUUUACAACAAUGAUCGUGUGGUUGAUUUAGGUGGGGAUAAUGAUGUGGCUACAGAGGUACCUCCCCUGAGGAUAGAACUAACUCCUAGAACCCAAGUAGAGCGACAAAGAAGACCCCACCGUAGUGAGAAUCACCAAACACCAAUAACUAGUAGCAAUCGGCCAAGUCCUUCUAAUAGUACUCCUAUAUCUGAAUUUGAAGUUUCUACUAAAUUCAAACCACUUAUGUGGACAAGGAAGACAUAG